CGGCAAAUGGGCAUUCUCGAUAGUUAUGAUAAAGACAAUGCAGAUGAACGGUUAAAUAGCAAUAAACCUAAUUUAUUCAUCCCUGGGAAGAGAUUGCGUAAAGAUCAAUAUAUUCUUUUAAAAUGAACAUUAGGUUGGCUGCGCUCACUCUUUUGGGGGACAGAUGGAUAUCAGCAUUGUUGACAAGGCGGUCAGUAGUUCGUCUUCUUCAAAGAUCGUACCUUUGGAAUUCAUCAUGAUGUAUAGUAAAGUCCCAUUUUCAACUUGCUGUAUAUCUUUUGAUUCAAGACGGAAAAAAUCCUGCGUUUGUGGAGUCACGAGCACGCUAAUUUUUUUUUCACCGCUGGUGCGCCAGCAGGAAAAGCGUAUUGCUGAUUUCCGGGCUAUUUUUUUGAUUUCUGUCCAUGUCUAUUGUGUGCAGAUGGUUGGCGCUGACGCUGCUGCUGGUGGCAUCAUGUGCCGCAUCGUCUAUCAAGAAUAUCGUUGUUUUUGGCGAUUCGUAUUCGGACACAGGGAAUUUGCAACAAAUGAGUAAUGGCCCCAUGUGGCUGGAAACUCUGGCUGUAGGCUGGAACGCUGCACUAUACAACUUUGCCUUUUCCGACGCUGUGUGUGAUCGAGGCUUGUUCGAUGAGGCAUCGGUUGAAAAUGCUUCUCCCGGUAUCAAAGACCAACUGGAGAUGUACUAUCGUGAAGAUCUCAAGUUGGAUCCCAAUGAAACGGUGUAUGUUGUUUGGGCAGGCAUCAACGAUAUCGAAAAACUGCUUCGCCAACGAGCCCACAAGGAUGAAGCCCCACAAAUUAUUCCUGACAUCAGUCCUAUCGUGAAUUGCCUUAUUCAACAAAUCCGCAACAUCCGUAAAGUAUUUGGUGGUCAUCGAUUCAUUACAUUGAAUACGGUCCCGUUUGAGUUCUCGCCCUAUUUUUCGGACACCGCAUUAGACGAGAGGCGAAACAAGGCCAUCCAUCGGUUUAAUGCUCUUUUAAAACAGCACGUUAUCCGGCUGAACCAACAGCACAGCACGCUGGAACUUGAUCUCGUGGACGUGCACGCGUUACUAUCCGAUAUCGCCAAAGACCCGGUCACAUUCGGGUUUAAAGAAGGGAAAAAGGCCUACUGGGACGUAUGUCAAGGCCGUUGCUCGGAUGAUGUCGACAGCUACGUUUGGUGGGACCGGGUCCAUUUGACAGGAGGCGCGGGUCAAACCAUCGCGAAUAGUGUUUUGUCGUCAGGGUCGAUGGAAAUAGCUACAUCUGUUGCAUCCUUGGCUGAGGUUCGAACUCUGUUGAAUGAAACCAACUCGAGCUUCAAGUCGCCGGUGUUCAAAGCCAGGUAUCACACGGGCGUCAUCGAGGAAAUCAUCCAGGACAAGAAAGCGAAACAAACCAGCGUGGAAUCUUCGAUGGAUGAACCGUUCUUACCCGAAAAUCCGCAUCCUUGGAUGAAAUCCAUAUCAAUAUUACUGUUUCUUCUCGGUUUUCUGUGCUUGGGCCUGGUCAUUUACAAGAAGCAAAGAAGACGAACCGGGAGUGGUAUUGCCGCCUUAUCUGCGCUUGUUCAAACCAAUCGCCAACAGGGCCGUGGUCAAUUCAUGCCAUUGCACAACACGGAUGCCGAACCAUAAACGGCGGAUAGGGUUCAUUGGUCAUUGGAGUGACUCACCCCCUUUCUACAAGCUUCUUAUCGCUUCGCGAUAUGCUCUCGUUUUAACUUCUUUUUUUUUGUUCGUUUUUGUUUGGGAUGAUUUGUUUGUUGCCUUUUUUAUUCUAUUUAUUUCAUGAUUCAUGUGAGAGAAAAAUCACUUGGAUAUAAAAAUUGAAGUGCUGCUGUCGUUUGACAUGACAGACAAGUUUGUUGCUCUACGUUGCUUCAUACAAAUUAGACAAUUAAACAACAAGGAAUGCGUUCAGAGAUCGGGGCUGCAUGAUUUUCAGA